AUGCGCAGUGUAGCCAGGCGAAGCGCACGUUGAAGAUCGGCGGCUGGUGCUGGUGAAGCAAGCCUGGUCUUUCCGAUCAAAGAGUGCGACACGAGACCCCGGUGCGGGAUUCACACACAUACCUCAGAAUGCCGGGUUUAAGUUGUAGAUUUUAUCAACACAAAUUUCCUGAGGUAGAAGAUGUAGUAAUGGUGAAUGUAAGAUCCAUUGCUGAAAUGGGGGCUUAUGUCAGCUUGCUGGAAUACAACAACAUUGAAGGCAUGAUUCUUCUUAGUGAAUUGUCCAGAAGGCGUAUCCGUUCUAUAAACAAACUCAUCCGAAUUGGCAGGAAUGAAUGCGUGGUUGUCAUUAGAGUGGACAAAGAAAAAGGAUAUAUUGAUUUGUCGAAAAGAAGAGUUUCUCCAGAGGAAGCCAUCAAAUGUGAAGACAAAUUCACAAAAUCCAAAACUGUUUACAGCAUUCUUCGUCACGUGGCUGAGGUGUUAGAAUACACCAAAGAUGAGCAGCUGGAGAGCCUGUUCCAGAGGACUGCCUGGGUGUUUGAUGACAAGUACAGGAGACCUGGAUAUGGUGCCUAUGAUGCAUUCAAGCACGCAGUCUCAGACCCAGCUAUUUUGGAUAGUUUAGAUUUGAAUGAAAAUGAGCGGCGAGUACUCAUUGACAAUAUUAAUAGGCGUUUGACUCCACAGGCUGUUAAAAUUCGAGCAGAUAUUGAAGUGGCUUGUUAUGGUUAUGAAGGCAUUGAUGCCGUAAAAGAAGCCCUGAGAGCGGGUUUGAAUUGUUCCACAGAAACCAUGCCCAUCAAGAUUAAUCUAAUAGCUCCUCCUCGGUAUGUGAUGACUACAACCACCCUGGAGAGAACAGAAGGCCUCUCUGUCCUCAACCAAGCUAUGGCUGUUAUCAAAGAAAAGAUUGAAGAAAAGAGGGGUGUCUUCAACGUUCAAAUGGAGCCCAAAGUGGUCACAGAUACAGAUGAGACCGAGCUUGCAAGGCAGCUGGAGAGGCUUGAGAGAGAAAAUGCAGAAGUGGAUGGAGAUGAUGAUGCAGAAGAAAUGGAAGCCAAAGCUGAAGAUUAACUGGGAAACCAAGUCCAAUUUAAGGAAUACAAAGCAGCCCUUCCUGGCUGGACUGUUUCAACCCUAGACUUGAAAGUUUUCCAGUAUUGAAAACUUUAAAGCUGAAUAUUUUUUAUUUCUAAGUAUUUAAAUAUUCCAGCACACCAGAACGUGAAAUGCCCUCCUAAAUGUUAGCUGUUUUCACACAGUAGCUCCAACACAUUGAGCAUUUUUUAUGGGAGUGGCCUAAUUUCACUAGAGACUAAAAUCUUUAAACUAAGAGCAGUCAAAUUUGGGCCUGUGGUUUCCUUUUCUGAUGUCCUCAGAUUGGACCUCUUUGUAGUUCAGUGCCUCCAUGAGAUUUACCAAGGGCACUCAAACCAAGCAGUCCCAAUCUUUCUAUAAAGUGUAUUCACGCAAACAUUAAAUAAAUUUGUGGGAUAUUUAACUACAUAGGCUUCUUCCUUCUUGUCACUAGGUAAAGCAUUCUUCUGAGAACUAAGACUUUUAAUUCGAUUCAUUUUAGUCUAGAUAAAGAAACAUAAGGGC